AUGAUCAUGCUUGGCUGGAUGCUUUUUGUUGCAUUUGCAUGUUACAUGGGCACAUUUCUGGAGUUCACUCCUCCAACUCUGAAGUGGAAAGGGAAGUGGCCUGAGGAGAGCAAGGCACAACUGAGGACCCAGGCUUUGGAUGAAGAACCGCAACUAUGA